AUGGCAACUUCGAUCACAACGCUUAGUGGAAGGAGAUGCACCGUGAUUCCAAGGACGCAAUUUUUUACAGCGACAUCGACUUCAGCUGCAACAGAGACUGCUGAUCUUCCUGACGUCUUGUCUUCUUUCAGUACAUCAACUAUUCAAGACACACCUAGUACCAGCCUUAUCUCAACAAUUGCACAAUCCACGGAUUCACACCCCGUAUCCAGCAUCACCUCACUUGCGACAACGAUCUUGGCCACAUCCACUACCAUAACCGCUGCAGCAGCGACCCUUUUACCAGCAAUAACAUCCUCAAGCGCAGACCCCUCAUCAACACAAACAUCACCAGACGAUACUGCGGGAGAUUCGGCGGGCAAUACUUCGAAGAAAAAUGUGAUUGCGGCUGCUAUUGGAGCUUCUCUAGGUGCUGUAGCCGUUGUCGCAUUGGUCAUUCUUUGCGCAUACUUUCGUCGACGUAAACGACGUACAUCAACCCAAUUUCAUGACAGAGAGAAGGGCCCGGGUAUGGCUGGACGGUUCCCGGGGGUUACGAGUCUGCUUGAUAGAUUCAACCCGGGACCUGUGGCAGCAUUUAUACCUGCUAUCAUCGACAAAGUUCGACCGGUCUUUGCAAAUCUUCGAAACUUUCAAUUUAUGUCACGAAACAAAGAUAACGACUCCCCUGAGCAAUCGCAGCCUGACUUUACUGCAAGAAAGUUGUCUGUUAGUCGUCCUGACCCACAAGAGAACUCAAUGCAGGGAGCAGGCAUGUCCUCUGCUCCACGAACAAUUACAGAGUCUGCCAAUCCGUUCGCGGAUCCUCCUUCGACCAAUACAGAAACAGAACGAAACAACACUCGACCAGAGAACCCAUUUGCCGAUUCGGCGGAUCCAUUCUCUCAUACAGACUACGAAGACGAGAUAGCAUUCUCAAUGCCGCUGACGAUACGGAAUGGUGGUGUGGACGACGACGAUAUGGAUGCCACAAACAACGGCGUCAAUAACAGAGACCGUAAUAGUACUCGAAGCACACUCAGUGGAUCGACCCUCAACAUACCGAACACUCGUUCAUCUUCACCCCUAGUGCAUGAAUUCUAUUCUCGACCGCCGACCUGGAAGUCAAUUGAUCGAAAAUCAAUGAAAACCGAAGAUCGAAGCAGUACCUACAGCGACCCCUUUGAUCUAGAGAGACCACCCACUAUUCACUCCUCGGCUCAUCCGACCCCUAUGGUUGAACGACAAAAGUCUCAAAAGGGGGGAUACUUCGCAGACUUGGACUUCAACUUCCCACGACAUGUUUCGUGA